AUGAAUCCACAAAUUCUGAUGUUUGUCAAUAUUUCUGUUGCACAUGAGGAUGGAAUUGAGGAAAUCGUUUGGAUUGCUUAUGGAAUGGAAAUGGUUUUCUAUUUGUUGUCUUUUGCUACAGUACCACUGUUGCAUCAUUUUUUGAGGAAUAGCAAGAUCUUCCAUGUGAAUCUGCAACUCCUUUUCCUUGUUGCUUGUUACAAUGUUUAUCCAUUCACAGUCGCUCGAAUUGGCAUCAUUUACUAUGAAAGUCAACGGGAUUUACAAUGUGGAACUUAUGAGCCAGAAUCGAACUCUUGUCCGAUUGGAUUGAUUGUCGUCUCACUUCUUCGCGUUUUUGUUCUCUCCUUGGUGCCAGUUCUAUUGGUGGCGAUCUUUGUCGAACGGAGUGUAGCAACGGUGAAAGUGGAGACUUACGAGUUGCACUUUUAUCGACCAUUGGCUUAUCUAAGUGCCUUGCUUUCUCUCUGCAUUGCCUUUUUUAUCGCCACUUCUUUCACUUUUGGAAUUGUUAGCAGGACUGUCGCUGAUUGUUUGGCCAUCUCCGGCACUUGCAUGGGUGGAGUGUUUACUCUCAUCGUCAGCCAAGUGAACAAUGAGAAAUUGGCUCGAAUCCACAAUUCUUGUUACACCCUUAGCAAGCGGUAUCAAUUGGGUGAAAACGUGAGAACUAUGCAGAUUCUCACCUUCAUCACUUCGUUCACAAUACUCAAUAACGUUUUUCUCGUGCUGCUCUUUUACAUUCACGCAUUGGAAAUCUCGUGGACAAUCCGCAAUUAUAUUGGAAUCUUUUUGAGUUUAUAUAUGAGCAUCUAUUAUUUCUUCACAACAUUCAUCGGUCUCUUCGCAAAUCAACAGAUUUACAAGCUGGCAAAGCGAAUGUUUAUACAGAAAUUUGUUCAACUACGAGAUCGAUCUGAAAAAGAGAGAGAAAACAAGCAGAUCUUUGACACCAAAGGACAGAUGAUGUACCUGGGUGCGAAUCAGGACGAUUACUUUACACAGCUUGAAUCACAGUGGGCCGCUUGUCGGACGAGA